AUGCGUCGCCCGGUGAUCUCCUGCUCGACGCAGCAAUCGCGCGCGCUGCUGUUCUCCCGGCGCAGCGUGCACAUCGCGCAGUCGCCUACCGCCUCGAUCCCGCUCUCGAUGGACGUCUCGGACCUGAUCAAAGACGUUCCUCAAAUCAGCGGCGACGGACCGUUUCCGAAGGCGCCAAAGUUCGAGGUUCUGGGCACCCCCGCGAGUCUACUAAACGUCGCCCUACCGGCCUCGUCGACUCUCUACACCCGCCGAGGAACGCUUGUUGGCGUGAACGGCAGUCUGGAAAAUGUUACCUCGACUCUAUCGAUCUUGCGACCAACUGCUCGCGCUCUCGCCGGCAUUCCAUUUCUAUAUCAGAAGAUCACAAGCACAACCCCCCUGACAGCGCUGAUUACCUCCAAAUCCGGCUCCGCGCAAACGACAUUCGCAGUCCUCUCCCUCGACGGCCGUCUCGACUGGACAAUUGCGCAGCGCAACGCGCUCCUCGCCUGGUCCGGCUCAACCCUGACCGUCAAGCCAAAGCUCGUGCCGAGCCUCUCGCUCUCCCGCUGGGGAAACACCGUGCUCUCUGGACGCGGCGAGGUCGCGAUCGUGGGCAAAGGUCAGAUUUAUCAGGUCACGCUCCAGGACGAGACCGAGGAGUUUGCAGUUCAUCCCGCAAACGUGGUCGCGUAUACUUCGAAUCUGCCCGCGGCCAAACCGACGCCGUAUCGUCUGCGACACACCCGUAUGCGCCUACAGGUUCCAAAACUCACCUCCUGGUUCUCGAAAUUCCUCCCGUCAUCGUCAUCAGCAUCUUCAUCCCCUUCCCCGCUAUCAUCAUUCUCAGAGAGCAAAUCAGGUGCGUUCCUCUCGCGCGCAUGGUACAAGACCAAAUCCGCGAUCCGCACCUUCAUCUGGGGCGAGGAACUCUUCUUCAAAUUCAAGGGCCCCUGCACCGUUCUCGUGCAGUCGCGUGCUCCGAGACUGGCGGAUGUGAUUCCGGGAGCUGAGGCGCGGGAGGUGUAUGAGUACGCGCGAGUACAGCCAAGUUCGUUCGCACCUGCCCCUGCUGCUGCUGUUGCGAGCGCGACCGCGGCGACAGAGGUGGGCGGCGUGACGACAGAGGAAGGCGAUGUGGUUCUAGAGGACGCAAAGAAACCCGGCAACGCGUCGAACGGCGGGCAUUUAAAAGUGGCUUCGGUCGACGCCUCGGGCAAGGUGGAGUUUCGAAGUGUAGACAACUUCAAGGAGUUUAUCAAAUAA